AUGAUGACCGGUUCUUGUCUCUGCAAUGCGAACAAAUAUCAAAUCGAGGAGAAGAACAUUAUCCGAAAGAUAACAUGCCACUGUGCUCGCUGUCGCAAGAUCAGUGGUGGGUGGUCUACUACCAACCUUGUCGUGCAAAAGGAAGGAUUCAAAUUGACCAGCACGUCGACCUGGCAAACCCUGGUUCCCGGAUUAUCACACGCAACAAGCACUUUCAAUCCCUCUCUCCCCGAUAAACGACAUGGCCAUAUCUGCUUCUGUCGCCAUUGUGGAUCAGUGAUGUAUCGAGAAGCCGAAGUGGAUGGGUUUCGUGAUUUGUACUUUGUGCCAGUAGGGAGUCUCGAUGACAUUGAUUAUGUUCGCGAAAUGAAAGAGGAGGAGUGGUAUUGA